CGAAAAUGAUUAUGAUGACAUGCAUAUCUUUCCAUUAUCAUUGAGACAAAAUGGAUCGAAAUACCAGCUUCCCAAUAAUAACUGGCCGAAGGACAUUGAGUUUCAGGGAUGAAAGGUCUAUCCGUGAGGCUGUGUUUGGCAGUAAGGACUUUGUUCAACGAAUGAAGCUUGAUACAACACUUGAUGUACAUAGGGGAUGUGUCAACACGAUAUCAUGGAAUGACCGAGGUAGUCUCCUUUUGUCUGGAUCAGAUGAUAAAAAGCUCUGUUUUACAAACCCAUACACCAAGCAAGUACAGGCAUCCAUCCCGUCGGGUCAUAGGUCAAACAUCUUCAGUGCAAAGUUCCUACCCUUUUCAAACGAUAGGCAGGUGGUUUCUUGUUCCGGAGAUGGCUGUAUAAUGUUCAGUGAUCUGGAUAAUCCAGACAUGUAUGGGCAAAACUCCUUCAACUGCCAUUACGGAACAGCAUACGAGGUUGUGACCUUACCCUCGGACCCCAAUACAUUCAUGUCAUGUGGUGAAGAUGGGAAUGUUAGAUGGUAUGAUCUACGAAUCAAGACUAGCUGUUCAAAAGAAGAGUGCAAAGAGGAUGUCAUGAUCAAUUGUCGUCGUGCUGUGACAGGCAUCUGCGUGAAUCCUAUCCUACCUUACCAGCUUGCCGUUGGUUGCUCAGAUAGCUCGAUCAGAAUCUUUGAUCGGAGGAUGUUAGGCACCAAACUCUCAGGGAACCACGUAGGGCGUGGUAUGCAGGGUAUCCUGUGCCGCUUUUGUCCGCCGCACCUGCAGAACAAGUACACCCGACCUACCUCUCUGUCCUACUCUGCCAACGGUCAAGACAUGCUGGUUAGCUAUUCUUCAGAUUAUAUCUACCUGUUUGGUACCAAUGCACGAUACAAGGACCACCAUGAAGCAACCUGCGGGGCGGAAGACGCUGGAAUCGAUGUGCUAGAAGCUGAUGAAGACGAUAAUGAUGAGCUUGCAGCUGGUAAUCCAGUGAAGAGAUUACGAUUGAGGGGAGACUGGUCGGAUACGGGGCCUAGAGCUCGGCCUAGGAGUGAGCAGCCAGAAGGUGAGCGACCAAGAUCAACAAUGGUCCAGAGGAUGUCUGAGAUGCUGUCCCGCUGGCUGGAAGAAUCAUCUUCAUCGCCACGAAGGCCUGUCAGAUCUGGUCAGCCGGGUGUCAUAGGCUCUUCCUUCUCAGCCUCUUCUACAGCCACAUCAGCAACACAGUCAAGUACAGUGGUAGCAUCAGCGACAGCUUCAACAACAGUGUCAACAACAGCAGCAGCUUUGGCAACAGGUUCGACAACAAAAUCAAGUACAAUGCUAGCGUCAGCUUCAACAACAGUGUCAACUACAUUAACAGGUUCGACAACACCUUCAACUUCAGCGGCCGAACCAGUGACAACCGAAGCAUCAAGUUCACAAGCUCAGCCCAGUAAAAGGCAUGAAAAGUUUGAGGAAAAGGUUGGGCCAUCUGGAGCAAGAGACUCGUCAAGAACACAGGACGUUGUUCCUGAAGCUGAUUCAAAGAUGCAAAGGCAGUCCGGGAGGAUGCCAGAGGUUGAUGAAGCGAAGGAAGAGAAGACUCGGAGGGAAUCACUUGGUGCAAUGGAUAGUGCAAUAAAGAAGGAGAGAGGGAAGGAGAUGGACAGAAGAGUUCAUCAUAGAGAAGAUGAAGGACAAAAUGACUCAAAAAGGAAAAACCAAAGAGCACAAAGCGUUCCGGAGGCAGCUACUAGACGAAAAGAUGAGGAAGGGCCAGAAAGUUGGAGGAAAGGGCUGAAAUCGAGAGGGGGUCCUACAGAUAGUCUAGAAAAUAGAUCUCAGAAAGGUUCAGAUGGAAAAGGCAGAGAGGCAAAGUCGUAUGUGGAAACGCAAAAGUCAGAAAAAGAAAGAAGAAAACAGGAUGAAAAGAAGAACGAGGAAGAAGAGAAGAAAGGCAUCUUUGCUCUUGGUGAGAGGAUGGAAGACAGGAACCCUAUGCCUAGGCUUACUAAACAAGACAGUCUUGAGCACUCACGAUCACGGAAGAAGAGCAUUCUUGAGAACCCUCCCAACGUACAAGCUUACACCAAACCCUGCCCUGACAAAUCUCAACCGACAUCAUCUAAAGCUGAGGAGACCAAGGAGCAAGGAGGGGACCGAGAAGAGGGGAGUCAGGGGGGUCAAAUGGAGGGUGAUGGGGGAAGAAGAAGAGUUGACAGGAGAGAAGAAGAUGAGAAGGAGGAGAAGAGGAAGAGCAGAAGUUCAACCAGCUCCAUGCAGAGCACUGAAUCAGGAACUUCACAAAGCAGCCAGUCCAUGACUUGUAGUGAAUCUGACAGUGAUGAAGAAUUGGAACUAAUGGGAGCAGAAAGACAGAAGAAAACACCACAUCAGUUAGAUACUCCUACUGAACCUAGACAGCGUGUGAGGUCAGAGGCCGAGAUGAGAUUGAGGGAGCUCUUCAAGACGAAGAAAGAAGAACGGGAGAAAGAAGCAGAGAUUAUCAAGAACGUCCACUCCCCAUCCAUCGAGAUGGUUUACAAGGGACAUAGGAAUUCAAGAACAAUGAUUAAGGAGGCCAAUUUCUGGGGUGAUCACUACAUCGUCAGUGGAUCAGACUGCGGACAUAUAUUCAUCUGGGAUCGAUAUACAGCUAAACUUGUAAUGCUGCUAGAGGGCGACAAACACGUCGUGAACUGCAUUCAGCCCCACCCUGUUGAUCCCUUACUGGCUACUAGUGGUAUUGAUUACAACGUGAAGCUAUGGGCACCCAUCGCACCUGAGCCAUACUUCUCUGAGAAUUCAGCCGAGGUGAUGAGAAUCAAUGAACUGAUGUUGGAGGAGACGAGAGAUACUAUCACCGUACCACCAUCAUUCAUGCUGAGGAUGCUAGCAUCACUCAAUCAUAUUAGAGGAGACCGCAGCAGAUCUAACGAGCCUCGGUCUACCAGUGACAGCUCCGAUGAUUAGACCAGAUCCAGUGUCAUCAUGCCUGGUCUAUUCAACACUUGAAUGCUAGGACCUGGUCCUGCUUGUCUUGCUAGGUGUAUCCAUCACCUGAUUGCAGGGAAAAGGGUUCUGCUUCCUUUUUUUAGCAACACUGCCAUGCAGAUUGCAAAAUCACAUGUGUGUCGGACUGUUCUGUUUCUCUAUGAUUUAUUCAAUUUAUUCUAUGGAUUGAAUAAUAUACUAAUAAUGAUUGUUUAUAAGUGCAAUGGAUCAUUUCAUCUUUCACCUAAUGAAGUAUUCUGUCCAUUGCACGAAUUAAAAGACAUUCAUUAUUUGGUUUAUAUGACACCUAAAACAGAUUCUUUUUCAUAUGAAAUUUGUGAAUUUCGAUGCAAAAUAUGCUCAUGCAGUGAGAGCUCGGUCUGUUGAUUAUCGUGUACAUACAACAUGUGCACUGCACGAGUGGUGCCUGCAAUCUGGGUGCGUGCGUGCAAUUGAUAAGAUCGUAUGGAUCCAAAAUUGCACGAUGAAUGGAUCUAGAAUUGAUGACGUCAGUGUGAAAUGGGCUGAAUGAUCGAUAUCAACCAACCAAUCAAAUGACAAGAAUCUCUCUAGGUGUCAUAUACAUGUAGUGCAUGAUAUGCUAUUUAUGCUGCAAACUGCUAGAAGUAAUUCACAUUGGAAAGUUUGUUUAAUCAGGAUAGUUAUAUUCAACCAUCCUGAGUGAAUUUCGGUGAUGAUUGUAUUCUUAAUAUUUCAUUCAACCUCAUACGUGUACAUGUAGCUAUUGCUAGAGAUAUGGGCUGUUAUAAAAAUGUGUGAACUAGAUACUCAUCAAGCGAUUGGUCAAUAGCAGUCAUGUGACCAGGCAAUAUUAUUUGCCUAUUAUGCAAUUUUUACAAUGUCCUUUGAAGGUUGGUCAUAAGUAAAGCUUUAUCAUAGAUCAUGGUUUUCAGAUAACGAUGACAU